AUCUAACAUCCCUAGAGCACGCUGCCGAAUAAAUCCGCAUCAGUGAAAUUCUCGCAUCAGAGUGCCACUAGUUGAGGAAAAUAAAGUCUCAACUGUUUUGUUCACCGACUGUCGCAAUUUUAUCGUCGACGUUGCCGUUUGGUUUUACCUUUUGAAAAUUUCGCAACAGAUACUGUGACCACAAUGCCGAAAGAUACAGUUAUCAAGGUGCAGGAGUAUAAAGACACUCUGAUCCAGAAGGCGGAGCUGCUGAUUACCAAGUGCUUCCCGGAGAAGAUUGUCCAGCUGAACGAGCUGCUUGCAACGCCCAUGUUCAAUGAGCGCGAUUUUGAGGAGGUCCACCAGGAUGUAAACAUUCCUGUCCUGCCGCCGGUGCUAGCCAAAAACCAUGACGAUAGCGGAAACGAUGAUCAUCCGCCGAACAAGCGUGCACGAAACGACGUCAUCGUGGCUGGGUCCCCGAUGCUGGCCCUGCCAAACGGCUCAGUGUCUUGCAACAAGCCGCUCUGCGAGAUGAUAAAAGUCGUCAAGCCGAUCAUCCGUACUCUGGUAGAGCAUUCCAAUCUCUUGAAGAUGUGGAUCUCUUUUAUGAUACCGAAAAUCGAGGACGGAAACAACUUCGGCGUCUCCAUCCAGGAGGAUACCCUCGCCGAAAUCCAGACGGUCGAGUCGGAGGCGGCCGCCUUCUACGACCAGAUCUCGCGAUACUUCCUCUCGCGGGCUAAGGUCGUGUCAAAGGUGGCGAAAUAUCCGCACAUCGAGGACUACCGAAGAGCUGUCGUCGAGCUGGAUGAAAAAGAAUACCUCAGUCUGUGGUUGGUGGUCUGCGAGGUGCGCAACCGCUACUCCUCGCUCCACGACAUAGUCAUUAAGAACUUGGAGAAGCUUAAGAAGCCCCGGUCCUCGAACACCGAGAGCCUCUACUAGUGAUCCUCCAUAAAUACCUACCUUUUUUUUCUCUCCCUUAACCACCCCCACCCUCCCCCUAUCAAUGUAUCCUGCUCCAAGGCGCCCCGGAGCAGGGUCGAGCAAGAAGACCCCUUGAAACGUCCAGCAUAGAGUGACGCUGGCGGACGAGACAGACCGAGAAUCUUUUGGCACGUAUAAAUCAUACUCGAAGCUUUUCCAUUUUGAAUUACAGAUAAAGAAAUAACAACUAUGAUUACACAUAUUCUUAUACAUACAAAUAACAGUAAAAAUAACAGUAAAAGUAACAGUAAAAGUAACAGUAAAAGUAAAAGUGAAGGUAAUAGCAACUAGACAGCAAACAAAAAAGCGGCGAAUGACAUAGGCGAUUGAAUGCGAUGAGGAGUUCAUUUGCAACCAUUUGUAGAAUGUCCAGAGUAACGUGAGAGAAGUAACAUGCAAGAACCUGCAGAUGUAUAGAUUCCAACAAAUGUCUAUAGCUAUACAUACAUGUAAUAAAUAAACCCAAUGUUGCGUUGCCUAUCGCGAUGUAAAGAUACACAAAAAACGAAAACAAGCGAAGAAGCACACAAAUUAUUGUUACACUUGACAAUUUUGUAACAUUCAGUCUGUAAUAAAAACCUAUGUGACUUUUGGCUGAA